GCGAUUUGAUCUUAACCGAGAAAGCUCAAGUUAACAUGGUUGACGAGAUUUUUAUCGGUCUGCAAAGUCAACCCAACAAAAAAAGGAAUUCGGAAUAGCAUCAGCUUAAGCUAUCAAAUUAACAUCUACAGUAUUUACAUCCAAACAAUGCUCAAACUCUUUCACAUGAAGCUCUGCUUGAUCAUCUAACGUUUUAAAAAUAUCGAUAAGUAAAACUCUGCUGCAUGGAUCUUGUUCAUCUUGGUCCAACUCCACGUUGCAACCCAUAUAUAACAAUCGGUCUCCUAAUAUCUGUCCUAAUACUUCACAUUUUCGACGCCAGGAUUGCAUCCAGCCUGGGAGAUUGUCUCGGUUAACCAACCUGAAUCGGUUUUCAUAGUUUUAAAUUUGAAAUGUGAAAAAUAUUAUAAGUGGAAUAUAUUAUAUACAAAUAGUCUGUCUAUAUGUUAUUUUUAGAUUUUCUUACCACAACUUGGUUUUACGUACUUUGUGAGUUGUCCUAUUGCAUGAGUGGGUAUACAUAUAUAUUUAUAUUGUGAUUGUUGAGCUAAAAAAAUGACAGACAUUAUAUAAUCUGCGGGUAUAUAAAUAUAAUAUAUGUUUUGCUCAUGAAGAACACACACGACAGGGUUGCAAAACUUAUCAACGCCAUUAAAUCGAACUCAUCCCUUGCUGGUCUCUAUGGGAUCUUGGCGGAUAUCCAGCACUUAGCUUCAUCUUUUGAAUGUAUUUCUUUUAUUUGGAUCUCACGAGUGAGAAAUGUAGAAGCAGAUUUGUUAGCAAAGCAGGUUUUGUCUGCUGAACUAGCCUUAAUGGCUGCACCUACCCUGGCUUGAUUGAAUUAAUAUAAGUGUGUUUC